GUUAUGAUUCAUCUGUCGAAUGGGAGAACCGUCAGGUUAUUCUUGGUGUAGAUGGUUCAGAGGUCCAAUACACGGGUGGGCAAAAUGAAAAUUCUCCUUAUAUCUGCUAUACACCAAGUUAUGGAUAUGCACAGUCUCCCUACAAUCCCUACAAUCCUUACAUACCAGCCUGAUAUGGUCUCGAAUAGUUCAACAGACUCUUUGGCAACAACUGACUUAGCCAAUGGUGGUCAAUCUGAUGGAAGAGGUUCCAAGCCGAGAAGUGCUUCAGCAAUUGCCGUAUUUCCAAAAGAUGCUCCAAAAUCUUCGACAGUGAAUUCCUUGGGUAUGACCCAUGGGAAGCUAAGGUCUAACACUGGCCAGAAUAAACAGCCAGGAAUCCCCAAGAAUGUUUCCCCAACAGCUUCCGCGCAUUCUCUCCAGGGAAAAACUGCCUCCGUUGACACUGUUUCCAGUAGCAGACUCUCGUCUUAUGGGCACUUUGACAUUGCUAAAGGGUUUCCAUCCAUUGUUUCAAAUAGUUGCAAGCCUCGUUCCAAGAUGUAUGAUAGCAGAGGUGAUACUGACGUAACCGGAAGUCCAGAUACGAGUGAACAAAAUCGAGGUAUAAGAACGAGAAGAUCAAGAAAUCAACUAAUUGUCAAAGCUUAUACAACCAAAGCUGGAAACGUUGAUUCGGAAGGAAACAUUGUGAUAAGUCCUGAUCAAUAUAAUAAAGAAGAUUUCAGUCUUGAUUACAGCGAUGCCAAGUUUUUUGUGAUUAAAUCGUAUAGUGAAGAUGAUGUUCACAAGAGCAUCAAGUAUGGUGUCUGGUCAUCAACAUUGCAUGGGAACAAGAAAUUGCAGGGUGUAUAUGAAGAUACUCAGAGAAUAGCCACUGAGAAGUCUCGUGAAUGUCCUAUUUUCUUAUUCUUUUCUGUCAAUGCCAGUGGUCUGUUCUGUGGCGUGGCUGAGAUGACCGGUCCAAUUUCCUUCGACCGCGACAUGGAUUUUUGGCAGCAAGACAAAUGGAGUGGAAGCUUUCCUGUCAAGUGGCACAUCAUUAAAGAUGUUCCUAAUAGCUAUUUCAGGCACAUUAUUUUACAUAAUAAUGAGAAUAAGCCAGUGACCAACAGCCGAGACACACAAGAGAUAAUACUGAAACAAGGACUCGAGGUGCUAAAACUAUUCAAAAAUCAUGCGGAAAAGACUUCACUAUUAGAUGAUUUUAUGUACUACGAAAACCGCCAGAGACUCAUGCAGGAAGAGAGAGCUAGACUUCCAUUCAGGACCUUUCGCAGGCCAUUUCCCGUGCUUAAACUAGAUUGUUAUGACAGAAGCAAGAAAAGCUCCAAGGAUGUCGUCAAGAAGCCUCCAGUGACCUCUGCAGAAACAAAAGGUGUGCAGUUAAAAAACUCAGAUGGGAAUGAAAAGAGCAAUCCACAGGAAGCAACAGAAGAUUCUACUCCUUCAACUCUGAAGAUUGGUUCUCUCACCAUUAAACCGACUGCUUGUACCACCUUUAACCCGACCCAAGCCAAGUCUAAACCGGCCCCAUCUCUCAGCUCUGAUCACAAAUCAGACUCUUCUGAAGAGGUUACUGGGUCUCUGGCUGAUGACAUCCUCAGAGUAGGAUCGUUGCCCAUAAAAGUAAAGGUAUCUGCAGAUUCAUCCUCGAAGAUCGUAGCAGUUGGUACAACCUUCUCAACUCAAGAUCAGUUCAGAAGUAAACCAGGGGGGUUUUGACAUUGUCUUUGUCUAACUUGUUUUUAUACAUAAUAUAAAGCAUGGUCAAUAUGGUUCGAGAAAGAGAUUUGGUAAUUGGUAUGUACAGAUUGGUUAGUUUUACCUUUAAAAAGGGUCUGAUUGGUGGUUUGAGAAUCCUUGUUCAUCGUCUCAGUUUGGUCAAAUGAUUGUUGCCAGUGGUAGCGUUUUGGUUUGUUGGGUUUGAUUAAAGAGUUGGUUCCUUCUUUUGAUCGAAA